UGCUCCCCUGGAAUGGCGUGCUUUAGAUUUAGAGUUUUGGGCCAACCCCUUUCGUCAGCACGGGAAAUGCAGAGACUGUUUGCACUGAGGGCUCAUCAAUAUAGGGCCAUGUCAAAAUCACAAAAUCAACACAAUCCUGAGGAUGCAUCAGACAAAAGCAGUUCAGCAGUCCAGUUUGAUGAAUCCAUGUUGCAGCAUUUGGUGUGUCCAUUGUCCAAGAAGAAUCUAAGAUAUGAUAAACAGAACAAUGAACUUGUGUGUGAUGCUCUUGGUGUGGCUUAUCCAGUCAUCAAUGGUAUUCCUAAUUUAGUUCCAGAAGAUGCACGAAUGCUCAAAAGCCAUUCAGAGAAAGGGGAUGAAUCAUGACAAUAUGUUCUUGCGAUUUUUGUGGUGUAAUUGUUAUGUUUGAAUUUGGUGCUAGUUUUUGAGAGGUUUUGUUUUUCCACUUUAGUUGUAAGCUUUAAAAUUCUUUUUUCUGCUUACUAAUUUUGUGUAGUUCUGUUCUUCAUUGAUGAUGUGUAUAUUUACAAUAUUUUAAGUCAGGUAGGUAGUGGAGAUUCUGGUGAUGAUGGUGACAAAUCACUCUACCAGAUUUGUUUCUAUGACCAAAUUGUGUCUCUUUGAAGACAUAUUAAUUUGUCUUCAUACACAGCAUUCUCUAUGGUCUGCCUCUGUUCAUGUCUGUGUGUGUCUGCUCACAAACAUUUGUUAACAUGCAUAUGCACACUUACAAAAUUGGAGGUGUUAUUUCCCAAUAAACUGGACAUCUUUUACUAUCAGGCUAAAAAUAAUAAGUGGGAAUAUCACCAUCUUCUACAAGUGCCAAAAAGGUGUUGUGUUAUAAAUAAAAUGAGCAUGUGUGAUAGAGUCUUCUGUCAUCUGUUCAUUUUCAGCUUCAGGUGUUCUCUAUUCACAAAUGUCUAGGAAACAUUGUAAGUCUAGAAAUAUCAGCCAAAAAUGUAACAGUUACAAAGCCUAAGAGAAAGGUGAUGAAACAGAUAACUUUUUUAUUUUUAAGAAUUAUUAUAUAUGAUCUGGGCACUGGUUUGAAAACAAAAGAAGCAAGGCAUUCAGAAAUAUCACUAUUUUACUCAUUAAACAGUUGCUCAUGACAUUUGCCUGUAACCUCACUAAUCUACAGAGCGAUUACACAUGUCAAGCUAUGUUCAAUAGGUAGCCUUACUCAAACUAGUUUCCAAGAAUAAGAUCAUCACUAUAGUGAUAAUAUAAAUAUUGAUUCCAAGAUACAUGCAUGUAUUUGCACAUCUACCAGGCAAUUAUGCAUUCAUAAACUUUAAAAAAAAUUAUUUUAAGUUGUAUGCAUGGUCGUGGAUAUUUAUUUAUGGUUUAUGCACUAUUGUAGAAAUUCCUUGAAGACGUUCAACAAUGCCUACGGAAAUCUGACAUCACAGUUUUGUAUUUUGCUUGAUAUUUACAGUUGAAAUUGUGCAGGGAGUAAAGAUAUUAGUUCAGUU